GCUUCCCGCCAGUAACGCUCGGACCGUUCACGAGUUUACUUAUUCCUUUUCCGGGGUGUCCCUACGCGUUACGUUUACGCUCUCUCAUACGCGAUGUAAGCCGGAAGUUGUUCGUAUUUCUAUGCAAACAUUUAGUAACAAGUUGAUGUAUUUUUAUGGAAUGUAUGUGUAUAAAACAUUCUAACCAAAAUUGGCGCCGUGAUUUGGAAAACCAGAAGAAGCAAUAACCCUGUGUGGAAAAUACUGAUUACCCAGUCUGCAUUUUUUUAGUGUCUUUAUAAUGAUCCUCGCGACUAUAAAAAAAAUUGAUGUCAUUAGCAGUUCGUAAUUCUCCCGCUAAAGUGAAAAUGACUGUAACCGAGUCUAAAACAACAGAAGAUGCACCCGCUGAUCGCCACGAGACUCUCCCCAUCCACCAAAUCAAUCCCAGCUACACAGUGCGCGUCGUAUGUUGCGUUCUCUUCAUUUUUCUUACUGAGAUCUUCCUUGCUCAUUACGUGUACCGAUUGAUCAACUCGGAAAUCCGCGUGGAUUACUUGGAAAGACACACGUUCAACCAGUUCUUCCUCAACGAACUUCGAAAAGAUGAUUUCCGGAACGAAUUGCGGAAAGUGUUGUGCGACUUUGAAUCGAGACCGAAGAGGAGCUUGAAGGCCAGGGUCGAGGCGAAUUAUUUGACUGAUCAGGCUGAGGAACCUCAGGUCGAGUUCUUUAACCCAAAGAUUCGAGGCAAUUUGGAAGAGAAGGACGAAGAAAUAAUCAAGAAAACGGGAAACAAAGGAGCUGCACCUGGUGGUGAUUCCUGGAUAUGGGUGACCAGCUCCAGCAGAAUACCGGUAAAUAAUUGA